AUGUCUACCUCCACCCGCCAACCCGCCGCCAACCCCCCCGAAAAGCCUCGCCUGACCGAAGAAGAGAAGAAAUCAAACCACAUCGCCUCCGAGCAGAAGCGGCGUGAAGCAAUUCGGCUAGGCUUCGACCGCCUCGCCAGCCUGGUGCCCGGCAUGGAAGGCCAAGGCCGCAGCGAAGCCAACGUCCUCGAGCGGACGAUUCUGUACAUGGAGGAGCUGAUCCGCGAGCGGGACGCGCUGGUCGAGCGCGCGAGAGAGAAGGGGCUGGAUACGGCGAAAUGGGAGCUGCCGGAUAGCGUGACGAGGGUGCCAUUUGCGCCGGAGGGCGCGGGGGAGCUGCCGGACUGA